GGAGCUUGCAAGAGCUUUUACUUCACGUCAUAUUGUUUCAUGGCAAGUGCUGGGAGCACAGGCAGCCUCACAGCCAGUGGCUUCUUCUCCUCCUCUCCCUCCCCACCUCCUCCAUUGUAUCAUGCAGAAAGCACUGGCUUCAUAAUCGUGCAGCACCAGCGACCUAUGGAUCUGCUGCUGGAUUAGGUGACAGUGGCCAUCCUGAUGCUUUUAGACCUCAGGCGCAACUGCAUGUGAUAUAUGUUGGCUAAACCGGGAAAGCGAAAGUUUGACGAGCAUGAAGAUGGGCUGGAAGGCAAAGUGGUGUCUCCAACAGAUGGGCCAUCAAAAGUUUCCUACACUUUACAGCGCCAGACUAUCUUCAACAUUUCCCUUAUGAAACUCUACAACCACAGGCCGCUGACGGAGCCAAGCUUGCAGAAAACAGUUUUAAUUAAUAACAUGUUGAGACGGAUACAGGAGGAGCUAAAACAAGAAGGCAGCUUGAAGCCUGUUUUUAUUAGCACUUCGCAGUCUUCUGAUCUUCUUUGUGACACGUACCAGGAGGCUCAGCCUGCAUUCAGCCAUCUCAACUCCCAGCCUCUUCAACCCACUGACUUAUUAAGCACUACACCACUAGAGUCUUGCCUCACUCCUGCCUCUCUGCUUGAGGAGGACACAUAUUGCACUUCCCCAACAGUCCAGCAGAAUAUUUCUAGCAGCAAAUUAACACCACCGCCUCCACCUCCUCUUGUCCAGCCAGUAAAAGACAGUUUUUCCUCAGCAUUGGAUGAAAUUGAGGAGCUGUGUCCAUCAUCUACCUCCAUAGAGGCAGCUGCAGAAGCAGCCGUGCAUCUAAAAGAUGAACCUGUUGCAGCAGGAACCCUCAAGCCUGAGGGAACACAAGAGAAUAGAACAAGUGAGCCAAAACUAAUGGAUUCUCUUCCAGGGAAUUUUGAAUUAACAACCUCUACCGGCUUUCUUACAGACCUAACUUUGGAUGACAUCCUUUUUUCUGACAUUGAUACGUCCAUGUACGAUUUUGACCCUUGCACAUCCAAUAACGGAGCAGCCUCUAAAAUGGCACCUGAUGAACUUCUCAAAACUUUGUCUCCUUAUAGCAACCAACCGGUAACCCCAAAUCAACCUUUUAAGAUGGACCUCACAGAAUUAGAUCACAUAAUGGAGGUUUUGGUGGGUUCCUAAAAGUACUCUGCAUAAUCCUUAUCUCCUUACCCCACAGAUUCACAGCACUGUGCAUGUAUACUUUUGCCUUUUUUUUUUGAAAAAAGAAAGAAAAAAAGGAUCCUGUUUAUCUAUUGCAUUACGCUGUAUUGGAGUGCCUUCUGUAUGACCACUUUGGAGAUACUUUAUAAGUCUGUCUCCAGGGAUGGUCGUACCACAGUCCACUGAAGAUUUCAUACAAACUCUCAAGUGACAACUUAAACAUCAAUUUAAGUUGUCCGUGUAUAAGCACAAGAAUUACGUUGGGGAACGCUGUAAAUUGCAUGUGCAUAACUGUCUAUUUUUUCAAUAAGGUUUAUUGCAAGAGGUAAAUUUUAUUAUUUAAGUAAUCGAAACCCCUCUUUUUAGCAUUUUAGGUUGGGAGGAAAAAUUGGAGGCAUUAAUUACUGCUUUUUUCAGUAAGAAUUGCAUAUAUCUGGCUGCUUGGAUCCCCCUUGCCCAAAUGUUUUUAUAUUUUUGUACAGAUUCUGUCAUUUAUUAUAUUGUUUUUUUUAGAAAAGGAAAAAAAGAGAAAAAAUAAGCUGAAACAAGUGCAGCAAUGUUUCAAGCGACAAAGUAAUUUUGAUAGGAUUUGCAUAUGAAUUUCCUCCCCAAUUAAAAUGUACAAUAUUAGUCCAUACCUUUUAUAUCUAGGUUCUACAGUCCAGGGCAAAUUUUUAAAAAUAACUUACCAUCCAGCUAUAUUUGAAAGGAAAUGGGAUAACUUCCCAUCGAGGUGCGAAAAUGACAACUAAUUGGCAAAUGAUCUGCUCACCCUGCUAAAAGUAUUAUUUUCUAAUUUCAAUUUCUUGGCUGGGUCACAGGCUUCCUCUAAUUUCUCAAAUCUCUUAACAUGGUCCCUGCUAAUAUUAUGACUGUUCAACUUGCAUAGAUGUAUUAAGUUAGAAUGUUGCUCCUUAAAGUGAACAAAAAGUUUCAUUUUUCAACAAGGACGUCCAUCUACUCGAGGACCAUUGUCACCAAUACACUCUUGACAACCGUUUUGGUGGCAAAAACAAUGUUGGCAGUACAUUUUAUUAAAUUACUAGGAAACUGACAAUUUUUAUGACAUUUAUGUAGAACAGGGAUCAGCAACCUCCGACAUUUCAGCUGUGGGGAAUCUACAACUCCCAGCAUGCACACUUACUUGGCGGUUCUCAGGACUCCUAUAGAAGAGAAUGGAGCUUGCUGGGAGUCGUAGUUUUGCCAGUACUGGAGUGCCAGAGGUUGCUGAGCCCUGAUGAAGAAGCCCUCAUGAUGCACAAGUGUGGUCCUGCUGUUAAAGGGGUUGUCUGCUUUGGACAAUCCCUUUUGUUAGAAGGGCCCCUUGACAAUAUGUCGAUCACAUAGUAUACCACUGCUGAAUCCACAAGCUUUAAUCCCUGGGAAACCGGGCAAUAAGGGUUUACUUUCCCUACAGCUCCACCACAUUGGAAAUUAAAGGGUUUAUCAAAAUUUUCUAAAUGAAUGGCCUACCCUUAGGAUAGACCAUCAAUAUUAGAUCAAUGGCAGUCUGACUCUCAGCAUCCCCAUGACCAUCUGCUUGAAGGGGCACCUUCAUUGUUUACAUGGAGUUUUACACUGUUCCGUACUGCCCAUGACAUACUUUUCGUAUGAGCUGUGCUUGGUAUCGUCAGGGGUGCUGAGAGUCAAACCCCACCAAUCUAAGGAUAGGCUGUCAAUUUUCAAAACCUGGAUAACACCUUAAGGCAUUACACAGUGUCCAUCCAAAUCGGUGGGAUGUCUGUGUAAUGCAGGACAGUCCUCCACAGUGCUAGAUGCUCUUUGGAACUGCUCUCGACUCGACCAAGAGAUGGUUUUUCCUUACUGGACAACCCCUUUAAUACUGUGUGCAGAUAACCAGAUCAACAUUAUCUAAGUGAAGAAAGACCAAUGGACAAGUGUUAAAUUUAGUAAAUGAAGGCACCAAUUGCCUCCUUGCAACUGUUAUUACCGCCCAUUUGCUGUCAUGUCUCACGUGUCCAGCUCCCUAGUACACAAUACAAAUCACGACACUGUAAUAACUUGCCUUGAUCCUGAAAAGCCUGAACAACAAAAUGAUGUCGGGAAAUUCAGCCAUGUCCUCCAUGUGUACAUUUUUUUCCCAUCAGACAUGUGCCUUUCCAUUCAUAUCCAAAGUGUACAGAUGUGUUAACAGGAACACAACCCAAGCUAUUACCAGGCAAGUAUGCUCUGAAGUAGGACCAAAGACCAUCUGUAGUUCUGAAAUGGUGUGCACCCUCUUUAAUGGUAAACAAGUUUGACCUAAAAUUUUGUCCCACAAUAUUUGCAAUUUGCCAUCGUUGACGUUUUAUCAGUGUUUUAUUAAUGCAUACAUUUUCAUGGUACGUGAGCUCAGAUAGAAGCAUGGCCUAUUACUAAAGCUGCCCAUAGACAGAGAUGUUGUGACGUCUAUGGUGACUGGAAGCCUCCAACGUCUGGUCAGAGGAAACAGGAGUUAGACAAGUUGAUUUCACCGUUCAGAUUCUUUUGUUUCACCUUCAAAACAGCCUGUUGAAAGGUAGUGAUACCCCACGGGGAGAUCCAGUUCACAGUAAAGAGCCAAUGAGGCUAAAUAGCUGCCUUCAGUUAAUAAAAUGUCCAUCUAGCCCACCAGUGUUGGUAUGGUGAAAUUCUCAUGUCUAUGGCCAGCUUUAGUGUGAUUAGAUUCCCUUGUUAUAUUAAAUUAAUAUUAAUUUGAAUCCUUCCAUACAGCAGAUAAAUAUACAGAAGACACAGAGGAUAACUGCCUUAUCCCUUUAAUCAUAAUACCGUAUCUUCUUCAACUAAUAUCCUUUUAAAAACUCUGAUCGGAAAUGACCACUUCAAAUCAUACAUUUUAUUCCCUGUGUAAGGUUCAAAGCAGUAUGUUUAUGCCUACCAAAAUAUGACAGAUGUUAAUGGGGUUGUCCAUGGGGCAAAAUAUUUGGAAAAGUCUUCAGAUUGAUCAAAACAUUUUUUGUUAAAUCGAUAAUCCCCCUGCCGCCCCCAUUCCGAUGCUUACCUAGUCUUCACUGGUCUCUCCUUCCUCUCAACACACAGGAAGUGCCCGCUCAGCCAAUCACUCGUUGUAGCAGUCACCCACCUCAACCAACCACAAUUUGCUGGGUCAUCUUUCCUGGUAAUUCCAGCUUGUCGAGAACGGAUCAGUGUGGAGAGACUAGUGGGCACCUGGUAAGCCACUGAAUGGGAGCGUUGGAGGAUCAGUGAGAGUCGUUAUUGGUCCUUUUAUUCUUUUGUUAAACCAAUCUGAGCACUUUACUAAAAAUUUUGCUCUGCUGGAAAUCUCCUUUAUUGUGGUCCUCCAUGAUUGAGAUGUAACAACUCAAAGUUGUGAAAUAUUAAAGCUACAGCUGUCAUUUUUUGGAGGGGAAGAUAUUAUUUGUACCAAAGUUGGAGCUGUCCACUAAAGGGCAGUUUUCUCUUGAGAUGUCUGUAUGCUCUCCUCUUCCCCAAGGCAGUGAUUACUUUACUUUCAAAUUGUGGAGAACAUAUAUAAUGCAAAUUCUUCCAUAGACAAGUUUAGGGGGGUGUUUAUUUAUUUUUUUAUUAAACUUUAUGGGGGAGAUUUAUCAUGUGCCAGUUUUCUGCUGCUCUCGUAAUUUUCCCAAAAAGGGGGCAUGACGAGGAUGGAGAGGGAGCAGGGCCAGUCGGCCCGGCACAUUUAUCUUCAUUUAUCUUCAGAUACCUGGUGCAAAUGAUGACAGAAAGCUACAGCAGCCCUAAGCUGCGUACGGACUGCCCGAGGAUGCGCCUAAUUUAAGAAGAGGCGUGUGCUCCAUUGUAAAUUAGUCGCAUCCUCCGGCAGAGCAGGAGAUUUCAAAGACCGGCGUAAAACACCAUUCUUUAAUAAAUCUCUCCUUUCGAGUUUUCAUUGACAUAUAAACACCCCAAGCUACCUCAUAAGAACCAUUGCUGACCCAGUUUUGUAGGGAACCCCUUCCAUAUUUAUUUUGAUUUUAAUAAAUCCGUCUUCACUAUGCCUCAUUCACAUUUGUUGUAGGGGAAAGAGGGGGCGCAGAAAAACUUAAGUGGGCAACGUUUUCAUAUUUGGUGAAACAUAAGUAAAGAAAAAGACGUGAUGUAUGUUGUAUAAUAGCAAAUGUUCAAAUGCCAUUCUACCUAACAGAUAUUGUGCUUCUGUGAACAUUGUCUGAACCAUGAAUUACCCAUUACUGGGUUUUGUAUGCAAUUUUUAUAGAGUUAAUUGUCCUUCUUCACUUUAAAAAAAGUGACAAAAUGGGCUUACGCGAUCAAAAACUUUCAGCUUUUUGUUCCCACCAAAUCUGUCAGGUGACUCUGCCUGCUCAUACGAAAGAGAAUGGCGGUGCACUUGAACAGGAAAAUGCUGUAAGAACCCACUGAAAAUAAGAAUCCUACUGGUUGCUACGUGAUAACGCUUUCUGUAUCACACACUAUUACCAUUACAGUACACGUCUUGCCUUCAUUUGGGUCACUUUGCUUGCAGCAUACUUUUUUUUCUAUUGUACAUGAGAAUACUCAAACCUUGUCUGUGAGCAGGAAGUAGUCAAAUCUUUUAAUAUUUCAUGGGAUUGUCGAGAGUGACAUCAUCACUUGUCUUUGCUUUUCCGAUGCUUUUAUAUCAGUUUGUUGUAUAUUUGUUUCACUCUUACCAAUACUAUGUGUAAAAAAAAUGUUCAUGGCUUUCUUUAAUUUAUCCUUUUCUAUUUAAUUUUGAAAACUGUGUCUUCUUGUAUGUUUUGAGGUGGAGGCGAGUCAAAAAUAUCAUUUGUCAGCCAUCUUGAAUGGGUCACCUUUUUAAUACAAGAUCUUAAGAGGGCCAUACACCUUAUAUAGCUGUCACCUAGAGCAGUGUUCCUCAACUCCAGUCCUCAGGGCCCACCUGCCGGUCAUGUUUUCAGCAUUUCCUUGGUAUUGAGCAUGUGAUAUACCGUAAUUAGUGUCAAUGCAUCAGGACUUACCACAGGUAUUCAUUCUGUGGGAUAUUCUCAAUUCAUGACCAGUAGGUGGGCCCUGAGGACUGGAGUUGGGGGAACACUGACCUAGAGUCUCCCAUACAUCUAUUAUUCCUGCAGCCCUCCCCAUACACAUGCAUGCUUACAUUCCUCUGCUUAUCUCCCGUGGAUUGGGCAUGUUGACAUCCAGAAAGCCUUAUCGUUCUUUCCCCCAACUUCUAACGACAUUAAUCUAAUGUGUAUGGGCACCUUGAUAGUCUUGUAUCAAAAACGGAUUACAUUUUUGAGCUGGUGUUAUAAGAGUGUUGCCGAAAACAAGAAAUGUCUCCAGACCUUUCUCUAGACUCUGUGCAGUAUUUCUUUGCUUUCUGUAUGGUACUUUUAGCUGUUAACUACAGAUUGCAACCUACUAUUUUAUAUGUGCAUUGCUUCAUUAGAAAUUACUUUUAUAUUAAUUUAUUUUAAAAAAAUUAAAUUAUGUUUUUUUUAUGUCAUCUGGCAAUUAUAAAGCGGUCUCUGCUCACUUCUUGCCGUCGAUCAGCUUGGGUUUGUCUAUGAUAGGCACUUUAAGGCACCACACUGACAACUUUUACAAAGGAGUCUACGAGAUGGCAAUGGGGGGGGUCUAUGAUUGUGACAGGCUUGUAUUAAAGUUUGCUUGAUAAUUCUAUAGAUAUAUAUGUGUGCACGGGAAAUGUGAAUUUACUCUGCUUCAAAUGAUUUGCUAAACGAAACAUAUAGAUUUCUUUUAAAUUUUAUUUAUUUUAUAGCAUGUAUGAUUUAAUUAUAUAAAGGGACGUAUUGGAGAUUACAGAACGUGUUUACAAAACGGGCAACACCAUGCUGAAAUAUGUAAAUGUUUCAUGAGGAAGAUGUGUUUAAUAUUCUAACUGCUUUUGUAUUUUUUUUUGUCCUACUGAGGAAUGUAGCCAUUUCGUAUAGGUAAAGUAUUUUUUUAAAGUGAGCUUAAAUAGUGAUAAAAAAAAAAAUAUUCAGUAGAAUGAAAUGACUUUAUUUUAUAAUUUAUAAUAUUUAUUAUUUUCUGAAUUAUUUAACAAUGCAGUCUCCAGAGGAAAAUAGUCUCGUUAGCAAUUGUCAUGAACUGGAUAGGUGAUCAGAUCAACUUGAACUAUUAUAUAAGAAAAUUACCAUUCCGUACUGUGUCUUCUGGAUCACUCCCACUACAGGCAGGAGACAUACCACUAAUAGAGCUGCAGUGAAAAAAUAAAACAUUUCCGUCAGGACUGGGGCUAGAUUAAAUCUUACUAACUAGUGAUUUUUUAUAGAGUUUUUUGCAAUCAGUAAGUGUAUUAUUUAAUUCUAUGGUUAAUUUCUGCAUCAUAUCAUAGGUGGAAACACUUCUUAAAAAAUUGCAAAAACUCUAAAAAUACAAAAUGGCUACACUUCUGAUCUUUGGCAAAUUAUAAGCACUAUUACCAUUUUUGUUUUGUUUUUAUUUAUUAAAUUUGAUUUAUUGUUUAGCAUACCUACUAUUUUCUGAAAACUUGUAUGCCACAUACAUGAAUCCAAUCCUUCAAGAGCAUGUAUACAUUUUAAGUAAACCUAUUUUGGGAGAAAAGAGUCAGUUUAGGGUUAAAACUGUAGAAGAAAGAUCUUGUACACACUCACGUGCAAUGAUAUGACAAGAACUGAGCAGAGCCGAUCAGCUGUGAUUUUGAAGUGAUGUUUCCCUAAGUUAUUAUACCUGUUUUUUUUUGUUUUUUUUCAGUUAUUUUUUUCUUUUUUUUUUCUUUUUGUAAAUAUAUUUAUUUUAUUGUGAAGCUAACAUCUGGAUUGUAACAUGUACAGAAUGUAUGGUAGGAAUGUACUCUGUUUAGGAAUGUACGUCCAUUUCAAAAGUGGGUGUGAGGGAAGGAUAGGAAAAUGUCUGCCAUACCCCUCGGUAGGUGUAGAGCUGAAAAAAAAUAAUCCAGUUUUGUGUUCCAGUAUCUGAAGUCCAGAAUUAAAAUGAAAAAAACAUGGCUGCUGUCAAAGAACAGCAUCACACCCGUCCUCUUUAGUUCGAUGGCGCUGAUCUGCAAUACCAGACACAACCCAAGGACUAAUGUGGUGCUGUUUUUGAAAGAAAGCAAUCAUGACUUUGUGAUCCAAGAAAACUCCUGUCAGUUCAGGCUACUUUCACAUCUGUGCUUUCCCUUUCCACUAUCGAGAUCCGUCAUAGGAUCUCAAUAGCGGGGGAAAACGCUUCAGUUUUGUCCCCAUUCAUUGUCAAAGGGGACAAAACUGAAAUGAAUGAAACUGAGUGCUCCAGAAUGCAUUCCUUUCCAUUUGGUUGCGUCUCCAUCGCGGACAGAAUAACGCUGCAAGCAUCGUUUUUCUGUCCGCGAUGUGCUGUUCAUGCUAUGCUAUGUUAAAGAUAAUACAACCGGAUCCAUUCAUAACGGAUACAGACGGUUGUAUUAUCGUGACGGAAGCGUUUUUUGCUGAUCCAUGAGGGAUCCAUUAAAAACUCUGGUGUGAAAGUAGCCUUAUUCUUGUUAUUUCAGUUUUAGUAGCUUAUUUAAAAUAAUUGACAUUUUAGAAGUAUUACAUGUCUUCCAACUUGAUCAACACUACCUUUGCCAUUAAAAUUGCUCCCCUGCCCUUCCCCGCCUUCAUACGGUGCAUUUUGUACACAUGGCGUCCCGCUAUCACAUAGUUCAUCCUGUGUUUUAUGCUGUAGGCACAUUAUUAUAGCCAUGGUAUCCCUAGAGGAAAUAUUUGUUUCAGCAUUCAGUCUAACUUUAUUCCUUUUAAAUAAGUUCUCUACCUAAAUGUGCUAAAGAAAAAUCCUGUUACCGGUAAUAAUGCAGGCUGACAUUGGGCAAGCCACCGCUUGACUACAGCCAAUCUACCUUCUGCUUUGUGUGUAGGGCCGCCUGCCUCUAAUCACUCAGGCUCAAUGGUCACUGAAUGGGGCACAUAGGUCAGAGACUGAGACUUUCCAGUGCCAUGUGUCUGUCUUUUAAUGCGGUAGUAAUUAGAUUUUUAUAUAAUAGAUUUAGAUGGAGUACCACUCUUGUUAUCCUGAAACACAAACGACUUUAUGUUCUUGAAGCUCCUGGGCCUCAGUGCAAAAUCUGUAACAGCCCCUUGUCUACCAUUUUCCUAUAUAUAACACUGUUGUCAUCUUAUGUGGCAGAGGGACCUUAGGCUCUGGGGUGUGACUGCUACCUCUGCACCCUCUUUGAUGUGCUGUUUCCUUGUUGCAGUCAACUUUUUUUUAUUUAUUUUUUAUACACGACACCCAACUUAUUAGUGAGAUUUGUAUCUUACUAAUCUUGCAUGAAAACUAGACAAAUUAUAAUCGUUUUAGUCUUACAUUUCAUAAACAAUAAUUUAUUUGAUAUUUUUUCUAUUCACAGACACAUUAACAUUUUAUUUUUUUUAAAUCGAGUACAGAGAACUUAGCAUAAUAUGUGGCUGCGUAGUUUCCAUUUGCAGUAGAAAUUCUGAUUUAUGAUGACAGGCAGACAUAAGCUUAACAAGUAAAAGUGUUUUCAUCACCUACUCGCACCCCAGGCAUCCAUUUUACAGCUCAGUCCAUCCGUACACUAGCAACCACUGACUUUGCCUCUGCACCUUGCAUUUGAGAACUGUAACCUAAAGUAUGUCGUAGUGGUAAUCUAUGAUGUCAAAAUAUUGUAAUACAUUUCUAUAGGUGGAUGUACAUGAUGUAGGAAACAAACCAAUGUUGUGCCUUCCCUCUAUAGGGGUUUAGUUAUAUUUCCACAACCACUGACAUAUAAUAAUCUGAAAGUUUAUGAAUUUGUAGGGUAUUAUUAUAUAUGAAUUAGUAUUAUUAUAUAUAAUGAUUAAAUUACCACAACAUGAAUGAGAGUAAGGCGUUGUCCUGUUAGAGGGGUUGUCUACUUUUCUCAUUAUAUUGAUGACCUAACCUCAGGAUAGGUAAUCAAUAUCAGAUCGGCAUUGCACUCCCGAACCUCCCUCUGAUCAGCUGUUGGAAGAGAAAGCAGCGCUCGUACGAGCACUGCCUUCUCUUCACUGUUUACCUCUAAUUGUUUAUCGUCUCACUGUUGCAACUGCAGUGGUGAGCAGGUGUAAUUGCAGCUAAGCUGUCCCAUUCCCUUCCAUGGGACGACCCCUUCCUGUUCACUGAUCACUUAGUUGUAAUUACACUGCUCAUGGCUGCAGUUUCGAUGACAAGCAGAUAAACAGUAAAGAGAAGGCAGCUCUCAUAUAAGCACUGCUUUCUAUUCAAACAGCUAAUCGGGAGGCAUGCUGGGAGUCGGUGCCUUGCCGAUCUGAUAUUGGUGACCUAUCCUGGGGUUAGGUCAUCAAUAUAAAAAAAGCAGACAACUCCUUUAGGCUGGCCAUACACUUAGACAAAUGUCGGCCAAAGUUGAUUUGAUGUAAAGGGGCCUCCGUACCCUUCCCGACGGCAGAAAAGGAUCGGGCUGUUGGAUUUAAACAGCUUGAUCCUUUUGUUCUCAGGAAGAUAGACCACUUCCAGUGGCGUUUCUCCCCUCAUCCUGCUCAGGACAUUUGCAUGCUCGGUUAAACUGAACAGGCAUGUUUAUGGGGAGGGAUAGGGGGAUGGGAAAGAUAGCUUUAGACCAAGGCUGGCCAGCAUGUGGCUCUCCAGCUGUUGUAAAACUACAAUUCUCACCAUGCCCUGCUGUAGGCUGAUAGCUGUAGCCUGGGAGUUGUAGUUUUGCAACAGCUGGAGAGCCGCAGGUUGGCCAUCCCUGCUUUAGACCAAGCAAGCAUCCUAAAGGCUAUGGCUUGCCUUACUAGAAAGAGCUCCACUCUUGUCCUUGGGCUUUGUCUGUUAUUGCAGUUCACCACUUUAAAGCUGAGCUGCCAUACUAGGCAAGGACAAGUGUGGCGCUAGUUUUUCUUUAUUUUUUUUGGGGGGGGGGGGGGCAGACCCUUUCUUCUAAUCGUGGUUAAUCCCUUAACUUGGCUUCCUUUAUUGUUUUGCACUUUCACACCCCUCAAUAAACAAACACCUAAAAUGAAUUCCCAGGAGUUUUUCCAUUAUAAUAAGUGCUUUUCGAAUACUGGAACACAAAACUUCACUUUUUAUGCAAAUUUUUAUAAUUUUUGUCUUUGCAGAAAAAUGUGCAUUUAAAAAAAAAUAAUUGGGCAAUACAUGAAAUGUCCACCGUCUAAACAAAGGCCGCAUUUUCCUCCUGCAGACCUUACAGCUGUGCCUUUUCUAUGCAAUACGACAGACAGAGUCUAAUAUCAAAUUACUGUAUUCACUUGUAGGUAUGGGCUGUAAAGCAAAACAAUUGGGCAACUGUACAUGGAAAUGAGCAGUCUUUUUGUAGUUUUAUAUUAUACAAUAAACAUUUAAAAUAAAA